AUGUUCGCCGCACCGCAUCACCACCGCAGGAACGGGUCGACGCACUAUGCCAAACAGCAGGAGCUCUCGAAUGCCUAUGCGGCCUUGGCGACGGAGCUGACGAAGAAGGAGAUUCGCUCAAUUGGAGGGUACUCGCUUGGGAGGGUGAUUGGGGAAGGUACAUUCGGCAAGGUCCGACUGGGCGUGCAUCGCUUGACGGGGACGAGGGUCGCCAUCAAGCAGGUUCCGAAGAGUCUGCCAUCCUACUCGCCCACCGAUCCUUCCUCACCCCUCUCCCUUCUGACUCGCGAGAUCCACCACCACCGCCGCCUCCGCCACCCACACGUCCUCUCCCUCUUCGAGCUGAUCGCCACUGAGUCCUCCAUCUACCUCGUAACCGAGCUAUGCGCAGGUGGCGAACUCUUCGACUACCUCGUCGAACACGGCCGCCUCUCCCUGCCCGAGACUCGACGGAUUUUCGGCCAACUCGUACUCGGCGUCGCGUACCUCCACCGAGAAGGCGUCGUGCAUCGGGACCUCAAGCUCGAGAAUGUCUUGCUGGAUGAGAAUGUGAAUGUCAAGAUUGCGGACCUGGGGUUUGGGAGGGAGUUUGAGAAGGGUAAAUGGCUGGAAACAAGGGUUGGGACGCUAGGGUACAUGGCGCCCGAGGUAGUCGCGGGGAGCAAGUACCUGGGCGAGCAGGUGGACGUCUGGUCGCUUGGCGUAAUCCUCUAUGCGCUCGUGACUGGCUCGUUGCCGUUCGACGACGACGACGAAGGCAUCAUGCGCCAGCUCAUUCUCGACUGCAAGUACGAGAUGCCCGACUGGCUCGACGAGGACGCCUCCUCGCUCAUCCGAUCCAUCCUCACCCGCGACCCGCUCCUCCGACCCUCGCUCAAGCAGAUCCUUGCUCACCCUUUCUUCACGCGUCCGCCUCCUCCCGCCGCGCCCGCAGCCUCCUCUUCCACGGCAUCGUCGCCCUCCAUCGCGCCGAAGAACCCCUCACUCGCCCCGCCGCUCUUGAUGAGCGAACCGAGAGGCCUGGCUCUCGCCCCUCCCGUCCCUUCCGCCGACAUUCUCUCUUCUUCGCCCGACUCGAUGCUCUCAAUGAGCGCCGUCAAGCGUGGCAAACAACGAGCGUUCGAGAACGAUUCCUCCGUCUUCUCUACGCCCGUCCAACCUCGAUCGCUUCCCUCGUCCUUGCGGCAGACCUCUCCACCAGGCCCCUUCUCCGCUAUUCCGCCUCACCUCUCCGCCGCAUCUUCCCCAAUCGGCGGACACACGACCUCCUCGACACUCCGCCGACACCCCUCAACCGCCUCAAUCGACUUCGGACCCGUCGCGCCCGCUCCACUUGUUCCGCCUCUUAUGCAGCGGACAGGCUCCGCUGGCGGAGUGAGCGUCAAGAGUCUGUCUAUCGGGCCCGGAGGUGUUAUCGGACGGGAUAGAGGUUCGGGGAGCGGAAGCGGCAGUGGGAGCGGGUCGAGCGGGCUUGCGAGAAGGAAGAGCAUCGGCAGUGCGAGCGAGAGGCUGGUCAGGCUCGAUGAGGACGAAACAGGGGAGGAUGCGAGAGCGCUGGUCGCUUCGCCUACGCCAGUCGUGAACGGAGACGCCUUGGCGAUCGAGGAGAUGGAGGCUCAGGCGGCAUCCGACAUCGACGACGAACCUCGAGUCGACUACCUCUCACUCUUCCUCUCGACCUCUUCCGCUCCGCCUCUUCUCUCCUCGGCUUCCGACCAAGCCCUCCUGAAGCUCAUCGCCGACCUCGGGUUCGAUGCCGGCCAGGUCGCCCACUCGGUCCGCACGAGCGCAUGCGACAGCUGUAGCGCAAUUUGGUGGAUGCUGAAGCGGAAGGGAGAGGAGAAGGAGCAAAUUGAGGGACUGGAAGUGGGCGAGGGAGAAGAGGGAGAAGGUACGCUGGUGCGGACCAACUCGAUGAUGAGCGUGCGGCAUGCGGAGCGCCUGCGGGAUCCGGCGGCUGUGCUGCUUGAUACGCAGGGCGAAGAGGACGAAGAUUCGAGCGAUGAGGAGCUUGAGCAGAAUGAGCCGCUCGAGGUGCUCGUCGAGGAGACGCCGACGCCGCCAGAACCGGUUCGACCGGUGAGCGAACGACAGCCGAGCGGUUCGUCGUCUUCCUCGUCGCAACCCCGGUCUCGCGAAGCGUCACUCAGACCGCCAAGUCCGCCACGAACACCAUCUCGGCGCGUUUCUCACACUCCCGCCGGCCUUACCACACCUCUCACCCCCUCUGCUGCCAUCGCUGCCGCACAUCGUCCGACAACGCCUAUUAGUCCCGUCUCUCCACCCUCGCAGGAAGAGGCCGAGGCGCGACUUACGUACUUCCUCAGCGACGACCCAGUUUCGGCGCACUCGACCGCCGUACCUUCCUACUUCCCGACUGUCGAGCCGCCUUCGCCGCUCAAGGCGCGAGGGCUGUCGAGCUCGGUGCCUCGCUCCGCUUCGCGCGACCAACUCGGCGUCGCAGGAACGCCAGCGGAGGAGAAGGGCGAUGCGAAGCGGGCUCGAGCGGGAAGCGUUAGCAUGCUUGCUCGGGCGACUUCAGCGAUUGGCCAGGGUCUUGCGUCUCUCAGCAAUGCCGGUACGCCUACGACGGAAGAAGGCGUAUCGCCUGGCGGUAUCUUCGCAGGCAGGAAGGGCUCCUUGCCGAGCGACGACCCUCGACUGCUUCACCAAGCUACACCUUCGCCGCAGCGCUCGUCGCCGCCGCUCCUCUCGGUUCCGACGCCAAGCAUAUCCGCUCCUCCGACGCCCAGCAUGCCGACCAGCUCGAUCACUCCGCCUCUUCCCUCGACUGCACGACAGGAAGGCGUCCAUGCAUCGGCUCCACUUACCGCGACGCCUCCUCGGGCGAUACCAGAGCGUACCCUGUCACCCGCCCUGUCCGCAUCGGCAUCCUCGCACCACGGCUCGUUCAGCACCACGUCGUCCUCGGCUCGCGUCGGCCGUUCCGUCUCGUUGACAGGUCCUUCGAGUUCGGCGAACAAGAAGGGCUCACGAGGCGGAAACCUUCUUUCGACAUUCAAGCUCUGGUUCGGCCAGGACCCGCGCAAGCGCAAGCGUGCGUCGAUGGUCCCUCGACUCGGCGGACCAGCAUCGAACGAGUACGCGCCGAUGGGUCUGGGAGCGACCGGCGUCGGGCGCAGUCAGUCGAUGUACACGACCUCCUCGCCUCUCGGUCGCCGGCCUACGCUGGGCAGUCGCCGCUCGUCGAACAACAGCGUCGUGAAUGGCGGACGUGAAGCAGGUCCAGCAGGCCCAGGCGUCUCGCUUUCUCGCCGGUCGUCCGUCUCGUCCGCUCACCGCGACUACUCGAUGUCCACUCCCGGACGAGGGAUGCAUCGUCGCCGAGCGAGCGACGCCUCCCGCACAUCGGCUAGCGAGCGAGGAGACCGAUCCAGGCCGGCUUCGUUGCGGUCUUUCUCGGGCCAACAACCUGGGAAGCCCAGCGGCGCGAGACGGUCGGGAAGGCACUCUCGCGCUGCGUCGACCUCGUCAGCGGGGUCGUACGCGACUGCCAAGGAUGCUGUGUACCGUCGACCGCCAACUACGACGACCGUCGUCCGAAGGCGGCAUGGCUCGCACGGGCGCCGCUCGACGGACGGCGGCGGGACGCCGGGCAGGCAUCAUCGACGUACUGCUUCUGGCGCAAGCUCGGCGCACAGGAGCAGCUCGAGCGGAGGGGCUGGAGCAAGCGACGGCGAAGAGACGGUCGAGGAGGAAGAUGCGGGCGAGGACCCGAUUAUGGAGGAGGACGAGGAGGAGUCUGCGCCUGGGACUGCGGCGAGUUCCAGCGAGGUCGUGCAUCUCGCCCCGCCAUCUGUGCGGCCAAGACCGCAUCGGACGGUCAGCGGCAGCGGGAGCAACUCUGACCCGCACUCGGGACACGGCUCGCCUGUUCCUUCGAUGCGGAGUAACGCAUCUCGCGGACCGCCAGCGACUUUCACAGCGCACAAGACGACCCACCUCUUCGGCUCGCCUCUCCAGCCUCACGCGCCGUCGACUUCUUCCUCUUUCUCCGCCCUUGACCGCCGAACCGCCGCUCGGCCGCUCCCUCAGCCUACGCAAUCGCAACAACCUAUCAGGGACGUCUUCGCAGUCAAGUCACCGAAAGAAGACGGCGGCGAAUGGGUUGACGAGGACGACGACUUGGAAGGUUACGGUGGCGGACUCGGACAGCAUUCGUUCCGGAAUGACGGGAGCGCGGUAGCAGGAGGGGCGGGAGCGGGACCGACGACUUCGCCCAAGUUGGCGGAUAGUCCAGUCGCGGAGCGGGUUUGGGGCGGAGGAGGUGGAGGAGGAGCGUCGAGGUUUGAGGGGAGGUAUGCGGGUCUUGGUGGGGCUGCUGGAGGUGCGGGAGGAGGAGGACGAGGUGAUGAUGGCAAAUGGGGGCGAGUAGCGGUCGUUAUGGAGGAGGAGGAAGAGGAGCAGUGA